CUCGUAUACACUCUCGUCUCCUGCUCUUUCCGCCGCUAGAUAGCUCGCCAUGUCCUAUUUCCUUCCUCACCUUCCGUCUGGAUGGCACGUUGACGAGGCGAUCAAGUCUGAGGAAGAUCGCGUGGUCGUUCUUCGCUUCGGCCACGACUGGGACAGUCAGUGCAUGACGAUGGACGAGACCCUCUACUCGGUCGCGGAGAAAGUGCAGAACUUCGCUGUGAUCUACCUCGUUGACAUCACGGAGGUGCCUGACUUCAACAAGAUGUACGAGUUGUACGAUCCUUGUACCGUCAUGUUCUUCUAUCGGAACAAGCAUAUCAUGAUCGAUCUGGGGACUGGUAACAAUAACAAGAUUAAUUGGCCAAUGGAUAAUAAACAGGAGUUAAUUGACAUUAUCGAGACAGUCUAUCGCGGCGCGUCCAAAGGACGAGGUCUUGUCGUUUCUCCCAAAGACUACUCCACACGAUAUAGAUACUAAUCGAGCAGCCUGCUCGCUGUGUGCCCUUUGUACCCUCGCUUUCCCUAUCAACUCCGGUGUGUUCCAGGACCUGUAACUUUAUAUGAUCCUGUUUUCUGUUUAUGGCAAUGAUGGACUAUAUAUUUGCAGAACGCGCAGAUCCCCAACUAUCCAUUUGGUCGUACUGUAGGGCCGUUUACUUAUAUUGGGACAUCUGAGGCUUGUCUCAAUCGGGCCGUUCAUCGAGCCGCGGGGGCGCGAACGGCCAGAUAUCGACAUCCACAUGCUGGUCAAGAUAGGGUCCGCCGAUCAUCAAGAGUCACCUUGGGCUUGUUUC